AUGUCCUACUACCUCUGCGUCGACUGCGGCGGCUCCAAGACCGCCGCCGCCAUCGCGGACAGGGACGGCACCAUCCUCGCUCGCGGCACCGGCGGGCCCUCGAACGUCGCCUACCUCGGCGUCCCCAACUUCAUCCGCGCCGUCUCCGCCACCGUUGCCGCCACCCUCCGCGCGCUCCCCGCCCCGCGCGCCCACGACGGUGCCUUGCCCCCGCCUGCGGACGCGCCGGUGUUCGCCGCCGCCUGGCUCGGCGUGAGCGGCGCGGACAGCGCCGCGACGAUCGCGAAGCUCGUCCCGCCCCUCCGCGCGCUCCUCGGCUGCGAGCCCGUGGUCGCGAACGACACCCACCUGCUCGCCGCCCCGCUCGAGAUGCACGACGACGUGCGGGCCGCGAUCGGCUGCGUCUCCGGCACCGGCGGCAUCGUCGUCUCCUUCCGCAAGGGCGACGGCCGCGGCGUCCUUCUCGAGCCCCUUGGCCGCGUCGGCGGCUGGGGCUGGAUCCUCGGCGACGAGGGCGGCGGCUUCCACGUCGGCCGCGAGGCCGUCCGCCAGAUCCUCUGGGAGGCCGAUCGCGCCAGCGUCGAGGCUCCGGAGACGCCUCGCAAGCCGAGCACGCUCCAGGAGAGGGUCAUGGCCCACUUUGCGAUCGAGGACGUCUUCGACCUCCUCACCAUCGGGCACCUGCUCAUGGCGCGCGAGAAGCGACUUUCGAGCCUGACGCCGCUGGUGUUCGCCGCCGCAUUCGAGGACAAGGACUGGCUUGCGACGCGCGUGCUGCAGAACACGGCGAAGGUGUUGGUGACCAAAUGGGAGGGAUGCCCACCGCGGACGAUCAAGGCGAGCGAGACUAUCCUGUGCUUCGGAGGGAGCCUGGUCGGAGUCGAGGCGUACCGGAAUCUGAUCUUGGAGGAGCUGGAGCGGAGAGGGCACAAGAUGAAGAGGUGGGCGUUCGUGGACGACGUGUGUGGUCUGGGCGCGAAGGCGCUGGCGAUGGGGGGCAAGAAGUAG